AUGGUGGGAGGGUACUGCGGUACCAGCUUCACCACGAGGGCAGCUGGAAAUGACGAGAUCCUUAAGUUGAACAUAGAGGGGACCAGAUUUAGUACCUCAAAACAGACUCUGAGAUAGAUUGCAGAUUCUUUUCUUUCCAGUUUGCUGAAUGGAAAAAUUUCAACACUUCGAGAUGAAACUGGUGUCAUAUUUAUUGAUAGAGAUCCAGUAGCAUUUGUACUCAUUUUAAAUUUAUUUCAGCCAAAACAACUAAACUUAAGGGGAACGCGUAUUAAUGUUCUCAGGCAUGAAGCAGAAUUGUAUGCUAUCACUCCAUUAGUAAGGCUUUUCUUAUGUGCUGAACACUCCUCUUGUGGCAGUGUCCUUUUUCAACAACACAACUGAUCCUCUGCUGAUUCUAGGAAUGAACUCAAUUCUAUAGAAGGUAAAGCUGGGGGAAAUGGUACCCCAACUGUUCUCUCUGGAAAUGGAGAAGAAACUGUUAGGCUAGGAUUUUCUAUGGAUCCAUGAAAGGUGCUAACAGAAGCUGGCCAUCACAACUAGAUUGUAGCUGCAUGUGCCCAUUUUGUUGUGUGUUAAAGAAUUAAAGAAUCUUCAGGGUGGUAACAAGUGUUUACAAGCCCACAUUUGGAUUGGACUGAAUGAAUAGCUUUAAAUGCAAAAGUGGUCGGAGAUCCACAUGGAGACAACAUGGUUGCUGUUGCCUCAGAGAGUAGCAUCAUCUUAGGGAGUGUUCAAAAUGGUGAAAUUGGAGUGUUCAGCCUUGGUGUUCCUGUAGAUGCUCUCUUCUUUAUUGGUAACCAGUUGGUGGUCACAAGUUAUACAGCGAAGGUGGGACUGUGGAAUGCUGUCAGUUAGCAGGUUCAAGAUGUUGUUCCUAUAACUAGUUAUGACACUGCUGGGUCAUUCCCUCUACAAGGAUCUAACAAUGGAUCAUAUAGUGCAGAUAUGCACAAAUUGCUUUUGUGAAUGAAGGACAAUGAUCUUGUAACUGGACUUUAUGAUGAUCCUUCAAAUAAUGCUACUACUGCUUUGAGUGUUUACCUCACACCCAAAACAAGUGUCAGUGGUAACUAGAUUGAGAAUGCCUAUGGUAUGAACUCUGGAGCAGUAUGAGUUAUUGUGCAGUACCAAGAGACAGUUGGGUCAGGCCCUCAGCUUUUUUAGACUUUUAUACAUAGUUCACUGAAGAUACUUUCUCUGGAGGAGACAGAAAGUCAUGGAAGGUAUUCCUUUGGAAAUGACAUAGGGCCUUAUGGAGAGUGAGAUGAUCAAUAGGUGUUUAUUCAGAAAGUUGUAGGCUGGCCGAAAAGUUGUUCCAUCUCUAACAAGCUGUUUGUAAGACUCUCAUCUACUGGGAAAAGGAUAUGUGAGAUCCAAGUUGUUGACUGUACUACAGUAUCCUCAUUUACAGUGAAAGAAUGUGAGAGGUCCAGUAGAAUGGAUUCAAGGCUACGGUGCUACUUGUUCACAAGCCAUACAAAUGGCAGCAUUCAAAUGUGGGAUCUGACCAUUGCCAUAGAUAUGGUUAACAAAAGUGAAGAUAAGGAUAUAGGUGGUCCCACAGUAGAAGAGCUACUAAAAUUACUGGAUCAGCGUGAUCUGAGUACAUCUCGCUGUGCUACUCCUAACAUCAGUCCAGCAACUUCUGUGGUUUAGCAUAGCUGUCUUCAUUAAUCAAAUUCUAGCCUUCAGCUCCAGUACCAUGAAACCAUCCACGAAGCAGCUACUUAUGGUUCCAUGAGGCCUUACAGUCCUUCGUUAGCAAGAGAAAGGAGGACCAAGAGCUUUCUCAGUUGUAGGGGCUUCCAGACUACUAAUUUGAACAGAAAUGUAGAAAGAGCUGUGCCUGAAAAUGGAAAGCUGGGUCCAAUACAAGCUGAAGUAAAGUGGGCAAUGGGAACUAAUGUGUCUGAGAGCAAGUCUCCUGGAACAGAGAUAAAAUUGUGAGAAUUAGAUAUUGGAUUGGAAGUGCAUAAAAUAGCUAAAGCUUGUCUAGAAUAAAAAAGGUCAUCAGAAGAUGAAAAUGAAAAUACAGUGGAGUUAAGAAAGAAAGGAUUUGGAGAAUUCCUUGGAAGAAUUCCCUAUCUGGCCUUGUUCCCAAGUACUUCUGAUGGAGGGACUGACUCAACUGGUACUAUGUUUCCAUCCCCUACAAAGACCACUCCAUCCCUUGGGCAUAACAGAAGUGAUUCUUCAGGUCAAGAGUAUAGCUUGUGAAAACUCACCAAAAUGAGUAGCUGUUUUGCUAAUUUAGA